AUGGAAGUUAAAACCAGUGAAGAUCACUUGAAAGUCCAUAAAAUGAAGAAGAAAGUAUUGAGGAAGCAGGUCAGAGCUCAGCAUAUGUUGAUGAGACAUGAGGGCAUUGAGUGCGUCUCCUAUGCCACACAGAGCCUGGUUAUUGCCAAUGCUGGUCUCGGUAACGGGAUGAGUAGACACCAGCUGCUGAGGAUAGUGGAAGAAUAUGGAUUGGUGGAAACACUCUUAAUGCCACCGAAUAAACCAUAUUCAUUUGUGAAAUAUGGGACAACAGAAGAAGCCAAGAAAGCCUUUGAUGCCCUUAAUGGAAAAGUAGUAACACUGGAAGACUUUGGCCAAAACAUUGUUCUGUAUAUGAAUUUUGUGGAAAAAGUUUUCUGGCAGAAUGCUGUUCCUACCAGCUUGCCUCCAGGCCUAAUGGUCAUUGAAAAGAUUGUUUCUCCAGAGGAAGAAAGGAAGAUGUUGGAAAGUAUUGACUGGAUAGGAGAUGAAGAUACUCGAAAUGCCCAGAAGACUUUAAAGCAUAGAAGAGUAAAACAUUUUGGAUAUGAGUUUUGCUAUGAUAACAACAACGUUGAUAAAGACAAACCUUUACCUGGAGGUCUUCCUGAAUUUUGUGACCUGUUUUUGGAGAAGUGCUUGAAGCAGGGAUAUAUCAAACAUAAACCUGAUCAACUGACUGUAAAUCAGUAUGAACCCGGACAAGGAAUUCCUCCUCAUAUUGAUACACAUUCCGCUUUUGAGAAUGAAAUAAUCUCUCUCAGUUUAGGAGCUGAGAUUGUGAUGGAUUUCAAACACCCUGAUGGCCGUACAGUGGCAAUUAUGCUGCCCCGAUGCAGUUUAUUGGUGAUGGCUGGAGAAUCCAGAUACCUAUGGACACAUGGAAUUACACCCCGAAAAUAUGAUGUCAUUCAAGCAUCAGAGCUUGGGCAAAAAGUUGGAACAAUCACUGCUGAUUUUAGAGAUUUAACACUAAAUCGAAGGGAAACAAGGACAUCAUUUACCUUCAGGAAAGUGAGGAGAAGCCCUUGCAAUUGCAUUUACCCAUCUGUCUGUGACAGCCAGAAAGGACAACAAAGACAGGUACAACCUUCAGUUCCCCACAAUGAGAUGGAGGCCUCAAAGCUGGAGCAAGAGUAUGUACACAAGGUGUAUGAAGAGAUUGCCACACACUUCAGCAGUACCAGGCAUAGCCCAUGGCCCCGAAUCGUGGAGUUUCUCAAGUCCCUACCAAAAGGGUCCAUAGUGGCUGAUAUUGGUUGUGGUAAUGGGAAAUAUCUAGGCAUCGGCCAGGAUUUGUACAUG